AUGAACUUUAUGAACGGUGUCCUGAUCGUUUUGGGACUUGUCGUUCUUGGUUUUACCGUAUAUCUCAACAAGGUUGAUAAUAUCCCCCCAGUGCUCAGCAGUCUGAGUGUUUUAAUGGGAGUUGGUUACCUGAUUGGAGGAUUGUUGGUGGUGUUCGGUAUUAUUGGAAUUUGCGCUUCGUAUGGAGGCUGCCUUCUUUAUUUGUACAGUAUUCUGAUUACUAUCCUGAGCAUUAUCUGUGUGGUUGCUACGGUUGCCAUUAUUGUGGUCACUGUCGGCAUGAAGCUGAAGGAGAGCGGAAACUCCUCCAUUAUCGACAAGGUUGACAAUUUCACAAUGAGCUAUGUUACUAAUGAGGCCAACGCGGAGAGUUGGAAGAAUAUGCAGAAUGCUCUGAAGUGCUGCGGAUACACGGGUCUUGAAGAGACUGGAGAAACUUGCACAGCUGAUCCUAAGGGUCCAGAUUGCAGAGAGUUCAUCUUCGAGCAGCUCGAAAAGUACUGCUUGGCUGCCACGAUCGUUAUUCUCAUUGUUACGAUCUUUGUAAUUAUUAUUAACUGUGCCAGCUGUGCUAGAUGCAAGAGUGAUUGCAAGAAUCAGUAAUCACAGGUAGAGAGACUUGUAUGAUUGUG